AAAAAUGCUACUCUGUCCCUCUCAUUUCCUUACGGUUUUUUUCACUGAUUGGCACACAUUUUAAGGUGCAUAUAUAAAAUAUAGUUUCUUAACUUUUUAAAUUUUUAUUUAGAAGAAAAAAAUUAAAAUAAUUUGUGAAACUACAUUUUAUCGGAGUUUUAAAAUGUGUGUCACGCUCCCGUCUACCUAGUAAAGCACGCAAGGGACAUAGGGAGUAUUUGAAGAAAGUGUUUAAUAAAGAGAACUGAGUGAUCAUAUGACACUGAUCAUGUAAUUAAUAGUAAAUUUUUGGCUAAACCGGUGAAUGAAAUCUAUAAAAGAGCAGCUAUUUACAGAAAUUCUGAACAAAUAAAAGCUAUGGCCUUAGUUUAUCUCUGUCUUCUUGUUGGUAUCCCUGUACUCUGCAUUAUUCUUCUUCAAAAGCUUCUUGGUAACAAGAAUUCGAAACUUCCUCAUCCACCUGGUCCCCGGGGACUUCCUAUAAUUGGAAACUUGCAUCAGAUCGAUGUCUCCAUCUUUCCUCAACAUCUGUGGGAACUUUCUAAACAAUAUGGUCCAAUCAUGUAUCUUAGGCUCGGUCAUUUACCAACUCUUGUCAUCUCUUCACCCGAAAUAGCUAAAGAAUUUCUGAAAACUCAUGACUUGAACUUCUGCAGCAGGCCAUACCUCUUUGGGUUGAAAAAAGUGUCUUAUAAUGGGCGCGAUGUUCUGUUCUCUCCAUAUAAUGAGUAUUGGAGGGAAAUGAGGAAGAUUGUCACCGUUCAUCUCUUUAGCUCCAAAAGAAUACAAUCCUUUCGUUCAAUUCGCGAGGAAGAAGUUUUUCAGAUGAUUAAAGGAAUUUCUGAAAAGGGUUCAUCAAAUGAGGUCUUGAAUUUAUCGGACACUCUAGCACCACUGACAAUCGCCAUGACUUCUAGGCUUGCUUUCGGGAAGAAGUUUAAUGAAGUUGACAUGAAAAGAUUUAAGGGGCUACUUAAAAGGUUCCAGGAUGUAACAGCAGCUUUUUACUUUUCGGAUAUUUUUCCUUCUCUGCAAUGGCUGGAUAGGUUCACUGGAUCCUCUGCUGAGCUGGAUGGUUGUUUUCGUGACAUGGAUUCGUUCUACCAGGAAGUAAUAGAUGAACACCUCGACCCAUGUAGGCCAAGCUCCAUGGACGGUGAUGUUAUUGACAUCUUACUUCAGUUGAAGAGGGAUGAUCAGAUAUCUUCAAUAGAUUUCACCUUCGAUAACAUCAAAGCAAUUAUAAUGAACAUAUUUUUUGCUGGAACGGAUACAACAGCAAACACACUGUUAUGGAUCAUGACAAGCCUAAUAAAGAAUCCGGAGGUAAUGCACAAAGCACAAGAAGAAGUAAGGAAGUUGAUGCAUGGAAAAGAGAGAAUAGAGGAAGAAGAUCUUCAGAAUGUAAAGCUUCCUUAUCUGGAGGCAGUUAUCAAGGAGACUAUGAGGAUGUACCCUGUUGCUCCCCUCAUUCCCCGAGAGUCUUUAGACAGGAUGGUCGUAAAUGGAUACGAAAUUUUGCCUAAAACUAUAGUCUAUGUGAAUCUUGUGGCUAUUGGCAGGGACCCUCUGGUUUGGGAAAAUGCAGAGGAGUUUUUCCCUGACAGAUUUCUCGACACUGACAUUCAGUUUAAAGGACAUGAUUUCGAAUUCAUUCCUUUUGGCACUGGUCGAAGAAUUUGUGCUGGAAUGUAUAUGGCUGUUGCUACCCUGGAGCUUGUCCUUUCAAAUCUCCUAUACUCAUUCGACUGGGAGCUUCCUCCAGGAAUACGGAAGGAAGACAUAGACACUGAUAUUGGCCGCGGUAUAACAUUGCACAAGAAAAACGCUCUCUGCCUCAAACCAAGAAUCUUUUUCUAGUACUACAUUAGUUUAGCUAGAUCAAGACUGCUAGUUUGAUUUCAAGCGAGUUGUGAACUAGUCCUACAAAUGUAUGCCUCGUUUUAAAUAAUCUGAUUUCAAUUAAAACUGGCGUGUGUAUGCUACUUAACUGCUAA